UCAUGAACUACGCAUGACGCAACAGCUGAGUUUGUCAACCGAUUGACAAAUUUGCUGUUGACAUUAAUAUUGACAUCGUCAAUCGUGUUAUUCUUUAUUUAUAUUAUUGCAAAGUAAUUGCGAGCAUGUGUGGUUUUCGUUUAAAUCAGUUAAAUAUUCUGUAAUAUUCAUUAUUAAAACUUGGAUUCUCCGUGACCUGCUUGCAAGUUUGGUAAUUUUAAUGGCGUAGAUAGUGAUGAGUGAAUCUGAGUAGUUUUAACGUAAAGGCUUUUAAAGAAAAGAAAAAUGAGUAGUUCUUCAGUAUCAGUUACUGAAGUUAGUGAAACGACCUCCGACACAGCACAGUUGGUGAGCAACGAAGAAGCUAGCACAUCGAACUGCGCACAACUCAACAAGGCAUUUAAUUAUGAGGAUAAUGAUGAUGAUGAAUUGAAUGGCAGCCAUGGAGUCCGACGUAGACAUCCUGUACAAAAAAUAGAACCUGGAUCGUUAAAUGUGCUUUCAGCUAAGUAUGAGAGUUUAGACUAUGACACAUGUGAAAAUCACCUUCUAUUAGAUGAAGAAAGGAAAAGAGGCUACCCAUUUAUAGUAUGGAAGGACAUCCUGCGUUGGUUCAUCAUAAUGCUCAUUGGUGCAAUAACAGCACUCAUAGCUUUUAUCAUUGAUAUUUGCAUCGAGGAGUUCUCAAAUAUAAAAUACAAGGCGCUGAAAAAAUUUGUGGAUAAGUAUGUACUACAAGACCGUCUAUAUAUUCCGUAUCUACUGUGGGUGUUAUCGAAUAUAUGCAUAGUGUUUAUCGGAUCUAUGCUUGUUGCGUAUGUCGAGCCAGUCGCUGCCGGGAGUGGUAUUCCUCAAGUGAAAUGUUACCUGAACGGUGUGAAAGUGCCACGAGUAGUGCGCAUCAAAACCUUGAUCGUGAAGGCUGUUGGUGUGAUUACCGCUGUGGUUGGCGGUUUAGCUGGUGGAAAGGAAGGCCCGAUGAUCCACAGCGGCUCAGUGGUGGCGGCGGGCAUAUCUCAAGGCAAAAGUACUACUUUCAACAAGGAUUUCAAGAUAUUCCAAUACUUCCGCGAGGACCAUGAGAAGCGUGAUUUCGUAUCUGCCGGAGCCGCGGCCGGCGUGUCCGCUGCUUUUGGAGCGCCAAUAGGCGGAGUGUUAUUCUCACUGGAGGAAGGCACCAGUUUCUGGAACCAGGCGUUGACAUGGCGGACGUUCUUUGGCACAGUUGUGUCGACAUUCACGUUGAACUGCUUGCUGUCCGCGUACCACGGACAUCCAGGAGAACUGAGUUAUCCAGGCCUCCUGAACCUGGGCAGGAUGGACCCGUUCCCGUUCCAGUUCUACGAGCUGCCGGUGUUCAUGUUGUUCGGCGCGGUGGGCGGCGCGCUCGGCGCUCUGUGGAACUUCAUCAACUACAAGCUCGCUGUCUUCAGGAUCCGAUACGUCAGCUCCCCAUGGCUGCGCGUGGUGGAGGCGUGCCUGGUGGCGGCCGCCAGCGCCACGUGCGGGUUCCUCAUGAUGUUCCUGCUCAACGACUGCCGCCCGCUCGGAGAGGACCCCACCAGGGUGCCCCUACAGCUGUACUGCGCGGACGGUGAAUACAACGCUCUCGCUGCGAUAUGGUUCCAGACACCGGAGGCGUCCGUGCGCUCCUUCCUGCACGACCCCAUCGGUUCAUACAAACCCUGGUCUAUAUCACUGUUCGUGGUGUGCUACUUCUUGCUGUCGACGUGGACGUUCGGGCUGGCGGUGUCGAGCGGCCUGUUCAUACCCAACCUGCUCACCGGCGCCGCCUGGGGACGGCUGCUCGCCAUACUCAUACAGUACAUGCUGCCUUCCAAUACGAUCAACCCAGCGAAGUACGCGCUGAUCGGCGCGGCGGCGCAGCUCGGCGGCGUGGUGCGCAUGACCAUCUCACUCACCGUCAUCAUCAUCGAGACCACUGGCCAGAUCUCCAACGCGCUGCCCAUCAUCAUCACACUCGUCGUCGCCAAGUGGACCGGAGACUUCUUCAACGAGGGUAUAUACGACAUCCACAUCCAGCUGGCGGCGGUGCCGCUGCUGCCGUGGGAGCCGCCGCCGCUGGCGCACAACAUCUACGCGUCCGAGGUGAUGUCGCACCCCGUGUUCACGCUGCGCACCGUGGAGAACGUGGGCCACAUCGUCGAACUCUUGAAGCUCGUGUCCUACAACGGAUUCCCGGUGGUCGACCCGCCGCUUGCUGACGAAGGUGACGUGACCACUUACAAGCGUCUCAGAGGCUUGAUACUGCGAUCGCAACUGAUCGUGCUGCUGCAGAACAAGAUUUACAACGAGAACGCGAACACCACUUGGUCCAACUACAAAGUAGACUCGAAUAUGUUCAGACGGGAAUAUCCGCGGUAUCCUUCCAUUGAUGAGCUGGACAUCUCGGAGUGGGAGAAGACGUGCACGGUGGACCUGCGUCCGUUCAUGAACCCGGCGCCGUACACGUUGCCGCACCGCGCGUCGCUGCCGCGCCUCUUCCGCCUAUUUCGCGCCCUCGGCCUGAGGCACCUGCCCAUUGUCAACGACGUCAACGAGGUUGUAGGCAUGGUGACGAGGAAGGACAUAGCCAGGUACCGCGUGUGGCGACACCGGGGCCACAUGGGGAUGGAGGAGCUAAUACUAUCUAGUGAAAUUUAACUUCAUUGGUGAAGAUUUUGAAAUCAUUGGUAAUUUAUUCUUAUGUGACAAUGUUUUGCUCAUUAUCAACUUAUUUAUUGUGUAACAUAUCUGAAAUAUUUAUCUAUGAUUAACCUGAUCUAUGUUUUGUCUGUGACUCAAAGAUGGAAGGCAAGAAUAGAGUAAUACAAAACAGCGAUCAGUAAAAAUACUGAUUAACAAUAUGGGUGUUUUUAAGAUAUCAAACAAAUCAUGACACAUUUAAAGCCUUCUAUAUUUACAGAAAAAAACCAUAAGGACGCACAAUGCAUUCGUACCUAGGUUCCGCAAUUUUAUAGCUUUCUUUGGCUUUAAAUCUAUCAUUCAACUGAAAUAAAGUAGUAUCUCAAUUUUAUCCAACUACAGCCCGCCCUCCUCUCUAUUCUAUGCCUACGUACUGUGAAUGUCUUCCUGCCAAAAGCACUGAGGAACAGUCUGUUUAUUAUAUCAUUUCUCUGGACUUAACCAAGUUAUGUUUAUGAAUACACUAGACUGUAACGAUAAGAAGGAAAGGAUGACCAUAGAAGAGAUGUGAAGCCAGAAGUUCAUUCCUACCGUAAUAGAUUUUAAAUUUAAUUUUAAAUCUUAUAAAAGACGAUUAUCAUACUGAUCUACUCUAUAUCCAAGAGAAAAAAAAUGAAAAUAAAAAAUAUAUCUUGUUAGAAUCUAUUAGGUUGAAUAUAGUAUAGGUGGAAAUAGUUUAUUUCUAAAAUAACUUCUCUGUUCCCUGAAUAUGAUAUACCAUACUCCAUAGUUCCCUUACCUGUAAACUUACAGAUUUCAUAAAAAAAUCUCAAUUCUCUAGUUGAAAAAUAUAAUCAUUUAAUUCCAUAUAUUUAUAUUUUUGUAUUUUUUUACUUUUCAUGGCCAAUAACUUUUCAUUAUAAUGGCUGUCAAUUUAUCAUUAAAACAGUAUAAAUGACAAAUAUUUUAAUGCGAUUUUACAUUAGUCUGAUAUUAGAAAUAUCUAUAUUUUUAAUACUCAUACUGUACCUAUUUCAAUUGAAUACCGUAAAUAUGUAUAUAAAAACAAAAAAAUAAUUAUAGGACAAUUAUCAUUAAUAUUCAUGGUAAAGGUGCAGCGAAGCCGGAGUGUUGCUUCUUGCCAGAAUUAAAGUAUUGUUAAUUAUUAUAGCACUUGCACACCUAAGCAAAAUACAGGAAAUCCUUAAGAAGCAUCUCAUGUAUUCACAUAAUUCUAGAAUUACCAUGAAUUAAGGCACAGUUCUGGAACUAUCUCAACCAAUGUAGAUUUUUCUCAACUAUGUCAUGCACACCACAUAUACAUAAAUAAUAUAGAUUUAUACAUUAAAAUCAUUGAGUCCCCCUCGUAACUAUGAAGGCUGCAAAGUCUUCUAAAUGUCGGGAGAAAACUAAAAUAUAAAAAACCACAAUAGAAUCCGAAAAGUAGUUUAAUUUUAAUACAUUUAUACAGUACAAACCUGGGUGAUUCAAUAAAAGAAAAUACAAUAAGUAAUAAUAAGCUAUUACACUUGGCCUCCCUAAAUCCUUUACCAUACAUUGACAGUGCAAUCUCGGUAGUAGUUUUACAUAGAUUAUUAUGCUUCAUUCUGACCAAAGAGUUGUCAUAUAAAAUUAUUUCAUUAUUAACUUCCAAUAACAAAGUUAUGAUAAUAAUCUUCCAUUACUCCCUUCAUUGUGUAAAUAUCUUAAAUUUCCAAAAUAGAAUGACUAAUUAUUGCAAAUAGAGAUUUCAACCACUAAAACAUAGAUACCAUAGAAUGUCAGUAGUGAUUUGUAUAAAAAUAGAAAUCACUUAUGGGUCAGUAUUAGCCACCCAAAAAUAAUUUAUCGAUUGUUGAUGUUUGUGUAUUUUAGAUUAUGAUGAAAAUGUGAUAAUUGCAACUAUACUUAUUGUAUGUAAGCAAAUUUUAUUAUAAAUGUUUUAAUAAAA